GUUCACUCGGACUUGCGGCCACGACGUAUGCGCGACCCAGGUUAACCCGGAAGUGGAAGGCGGCCAUUACUCGUCGCCGAGUCCUCCACGCUGUUCGGCGGUUACGGAGAAGGCUGCUGAGACGCCGCUAUGAGCCUUCUGAACAAGCCCAAGAGCGAAAUGACCCCGGAGGAGCUGCAGAAGCGAGAGGAGGAAGAGUUCAACACAGGGCCCCUCUCUGUCCUCACGCAGUCCGUCAAAAACAACACUCAGGUGCUGAUCAACUGUCGCAACAACAAGAAGCUCCUGGGCCGCGUCAAGGCCUUCGACAGGCAUUGCAACAUGGUGUUGGAGAACGUCAAGGAGAUGUGGACGGAGGUACCCAAGAGCGGGAAGGGUAAGAAGAAGUCGAAGCCCGUCAAUAAGGAUCGCUACAUUUCUAAGAUGUUCCUGCGUGGCGAUUCGGUCAUUGUGGUGCUGAGGAACCCCCUUAUUGCUGGAAAGUAAUGAGCUGUCAGAGAGUUAGGAAGGCUCCAGCGCAUGGCCCAGCAAUAUCUUCUUGGUCACCACCAACAGACUCAUACAGCACCAGCAUCUCUUGUGAGCUGUCUAUUCUGCAAAGGAUUUCCACAUGCAUCACCAUAGUACCCUGAUGAAGGAAAGCUGUUGAGCUCAACUGUCCUUGCAAAUCUGGUUGGUGGGUUUUCUGUUGCCCCCGUCCAAAACAGUUGCAGCCGUCUACUUGUAUAUGGCCUGUUGACCUUUCUUUUGGUCUGUUUUUUUGUUUUUUUGUAAUAAACAUUUUGUUAAAUUU